AUGGCCUCUGUGAGCCUCGUUUCCAGUCCCCCAGUCCCCGUUUUUGACAAAAAUAUGACAGACUCUGAGCUGGCAGGGGACGAAAGAGAGGAUGGGGAGUUGGAAGAUGGAGAAAUUGACGAUGAGGGAAUAGGGAUAGAGGAAGAAAACAAGGAGGCUCCAGAGGUGUUUGAAAACGAAGAAAAGCAAAAGGAGAAGGAACGGGACAAAGAAAAGGAAAAGUCACACCGGCACUCAAGGAAACGCUACAAAAAGACCAAGGAGAAGAGAAGGUCGAAAAGGAGGAGACGGGACAGACAAAAACAUCACUCUUCUUCAAGUAGCUCCAGUUCUGACAGCUAUGACUCAGAUUAUGACCGUCCAGGGAGACCCAAAAACAGGCCCAGUCAUGGAUCUGGACGCGAUUGUGACGUUCAGAAUGUUCAGCAUGGAAGAGACCAGAAAGGGUCGCGCGGUAGCUUGCAGAAGUCACCGCCUCACAAAAACUCAAAUUUCGACAAAUAUAGUGAUUACAGCGAUGACAACUACGACUACGAAGAUGAGGAGGAUCCCUAUGAUGGGGAAUCCGAGUACAUGCAGUCUAAAGAUUCAACAUCUGGCCCGGGAAAAGGCCGCUAUCCGAAGGAGCAGAUGGGGAGGAGGGGGAACAUGAGGGGCCUGAAACAAUUUGGGCAAAGAGGAAGAGGCAGAGGAAUUGGAUCUGGCAGAGGACGAGGGUCGCUUAACAAAAAGAUUAAGGGGGGGAAACCCUGGAUGGGACGUGGGGGACGUGGCAGAGGGGUUGACCAGGACAUGGAAGACAUAGCUCCUGAAGUCAAAAAUUCUGGUUUUCAGAAGAAGAGACUCGUUAUGAGCAAAGAAUUCAUCAGUCAACACACGGUGGAACACAAUGGAAGAUACAUUUGCAAGUAUUUCCUGGAGGGUCGCUGCAUCAAGGGAGAGCAGUGUAAAUUUGAACAUGAACUGGUCAUCCCGGAUAAGAAGAAAGAACUUUGUAAAUUCUAUCUCCAGGGAUAUUGCAGCAAAGGAGACCAUUGCAUUUACAUGCACAGUGAAUAUCCUUGCAAGUUCUUUCAUACUGGAGCCAAGUGCUAUCAAGGGGAGAACUGCAAAUUUUCCCAUGAUGAUCUCACUGAUGUGACAAAAGAGUUGCUCAAUAAGAUCAUUAAUACUGAGGAGGAGAACGCCCGUGAGGAUGAGUUGGAGCUGGAGGACUUGAGAAAACAAGGCAUCGCCCCACUUCCAAAGCCGCCUCCAGGUGUGGGCCUGCUCCCCACGCCGGGUCACAGCAGCCCAACAGAUGAUUCUUCUCAGGCAGGGAAGAUUCCUUCCAUCUUUGAAAUAAGUGUUCAACCGACUGUUGACCUAGCUCAUAAGAUUGGUUUAAAUGAGUCCAACUGCCCCGAUCCCAAUGAAGACACUGACCAGUUUAGUGGAAGACCGGAGGAAACACAGAGUGGAGCUUUGGUGUCUCCAGGCUCUGAUACUACCACAAUCCCUUCCUUGGGGCCACCAGGCACCGUUGGCUACCCAACUGGACCACCCAUGAGUGCCCAGAGUCCUCCUGGACAGCAGAUGCCACAUGGAUACCCAAUGCAGCAGCCAAUCCCAUCUGGUCAGACACCAGUGUUUCAUGGAAAUACCAACUGUCAGAGGCCUCCAUUCCCUGCAGUACCUGAACUUCAGAUGUUGCAGAGCCUCUUCCCUUUUCCACCAGUGGCCCAGAACCCACUAGAGCUUCUCAACAACUUGCUGCAAAAACAGUCUGUGAGCCAUCAAGUGGAACCCGGAAUAAACCAGAUCCAGAACCUCCAGCAGCAGAUUCCAGAUGUCCAGUUACAGUCUUUACCUUCAGCAGUGCAGAAAGCCAUUAUUCUACACCUGACCCAGCAACAGGCAGCGUCAAAGCCAUGUGAGAGCAAUCCGCAGGGAGCAGAGAGUCAAGAUGAUAGGAAUGCAAACAGAGACGAAAUAACAAACUGGUACUCCAGUGACGAAGAGGGCGGGAGCAGUGUCACGUCAAUCCUAAAAUCUCUCAAGAGGCAGACUGAGAUGCAGCAGUCCAAGACCACAACACCAGUCACUAUAGCACCUCUGGGUGACCCUCGACUUGUCAAGGAGCGAACUCAACCAAGUGACCCACGUGUGAAGGCAGAACCCCGGCAGAGACCUCCAGAUAUGAAAAAGGAGUCUGAUGCAGGUAUGGAUCCACGACUAUCCAGGGACCCUAGGAAACCGAGACAUGUCGAGUCGAGUUCCUACCGCCAGCAAAACCAGUCAACUGGCCAAAAAAAGCUCACUGGAGAUGAGGAUGAGGAAGGGGAGAGGGAACUCCGUGACAGAGCAGUCCUUAUCCCAUUGGAGGCCAGUCCGGGUGUGAUGCUGCGAGACCCCCGCUGCCAACUGAAGCAGUUUAGCCAUAUUCGCGUGGAUAUUUUGCUUCAACGCCCGGCUUUCGCUUUAACAGUAGUUUGGGCCCCUGAAGACUUAAUCCCAUCUCCGAUACCAAAGCAGGAGCACUCCAUCAAUUUACCACUGCCACCUCUGAUCGCUGACGCUCAAAUGAACAGAACAAGUGUUUCGGACCACUCCCUUCCGACAAGCCCUACGCUGACUGACCCCAGAUUGGCGGCGGCUCGUUUAAAGGAACGUUUUGCUCGUUUGCCUUCUGGAUCCUCAAUGGAUAGACCUGUAGAUCCACGUCAGAUAAAGAAUUUAGACCCCAGACUCAAACGUACAGGAAGUCUGGAUUCCAAGCUGCCGGGUCAGAAGGAAGCCCCUGCAGAGGAAGUUUUGGAACCUGAGUUGCAAAAGACCAACAUUAGCUCCUCUCUUUCUGAGAGACUGCCGCCCUAUGCGCCACGGUUAGCUUCCUCAGGGGGAGUCCUGGAAAGUCCCACGAGAAUCCUAGGAGGGAUCAGUCUGUAUGACCCCCGCAAUCAGACCGAGCCAUUUCAAAAGGAUCAAGUAGACCCUCCUAGAAGAGCGGGUAUUCUCAAACAUCCAGUGAAGAAAGACACUCUUCCAACACAACCUGCCUCCCCGAGUCAUGUCUCGCAGGAUGAGACAAAAAACACGGAAGCUGCCUCUAAUCACAAUCAGACCGUGCGUGACUCCUCACCUCCACCCCACCAAGACUGCAUCAGCACCCCUCACGCAGUACAUAAUUUGCCUGUUCAAGCGGUGGCAGGCCUGAUCAGACCUCAGUAUGCUGAGGGCAGGCAGGCCAAACUGGUAGGAGCAGGUUCAGCAGAGGUUGCCGAGGAACAGAAGGAGCAGAAAGAAGUUCUGGUUGAUGAACCCAAGCAGAUGAGGGAGGAAGAGCUGGAAGACAGGACUCUCAAAGAGGUCUUCAAAACCUUUGACCCCACAGCGUCUCCUUUCUCCCAGUAA